CUAAUUACAUAAGCGCACAAGAAGCGAUCGAUAUUUGCUCGAUUCUAUCCAACUUCACUGCGACUCAGCGACAACAGACAAACGCGGACCACCAAAAUGCCUACCCGUUUGACCAAGACCAGGAAGCACCGUGGCCAUGUCUCUGCCGGACACGGUCGUAUUGGCAAGCACCGCAAGCACCCCGGUGGUCGCGGUAUGGCCGGUGGUCAGCACCACCACCGAACCAACUUGGACAAGUACCACCCUGGUUACUUCGGUAAAGUUGGUAUGAGACGCUUCCACCUCCUCCGCAACCACCUGUGGAAGCCAGUCCUCAACCUCGACAAGCUCUGGUCUAUCGUUCCUGAGGAGAUCCGCGAAAAGUACCUGGCCGAGAACAACACCGCCCAGGACACUGCCCCCGUCAUCGACCUUCUCGCCCUUGGCUAUUCCAAGCUUCUGGGCAAGGGCCGUCUGCCCGAGAUCCCCGUUGUUGUGAAGGCUCGCUACGUCAGCCGUGAGGCUGAGCGUAAGAUCAAGGAAGCUGGUGGUAGCAUCCAGCUUGUGGCAUAAGCCCUGAUCGAAACCGACAAAAAGGAAAUAACGGAAGGGAGGAACUCAUGAUGGACGACUCGCUCCAGUGAUGGAGCGAGUUACUUGCCGGCGAGCAAGUCAGCGUGGUGGCUGGGUAAUGGUCAAUUUGGAGUAGCCUGCAGCUAUAAGA